GUGAAGAGAUGUUUCCAGAAUUGUGAGAGGAAGCAUGGAUCACGAUCACUGAUGAUGUUCUCGUGGAGGUCGUGAUGGCGAGCAACAUGGUCGAAGAAGAGUGUUGUGACGUCUUUGGCACUAUGCAAGGUCGUGCAAGGGAUGAAGUGGGCACGUUUGGUCAAGCGACAGACAAUGACGUAGAUGCAAUCAUGCCCGCGGUCGGUCUUGGRRAGGCUGCACACGAAGUCCAUGGAGAUGGACUGCCACCGGUACGGGCACCAGACUGUGAGGGCGUGAAUCAUGGCGAGGAGUUCCUUCUCGUUGGAGGGGUAAUUCAUCUCUGCAGGAAGGAGCUUCUUGCUUGCGAAGGCGAUGGGGUAUUCUCCAGGUGGAGCCUCGGGGUGAGUGGGCGAGUCCUUGAUGGAGGGGGUCUCGACGAUGUCACGGGGGAAAUGUUGGGACAAUACGGUUCCAAUAGCGAAGUCGGAGGCGUCAGUGGUGACAUAGAAAUGGAUGCCUUCAACGGAGACAAUGUGGCCGAGGUAUUCGCCGCUCGAAGCGGCAAACGUACAUUUGUUGAGCUUGGCGUAGAAUUUUUGCUCUCGGAGGAUCGAGAGGACUUGGCGGAGGUGCUGAACGUGGGACUCGAAGUGGAAGCCAUUGCGAAGGUCGAUCUUGGUAAAGUACUGGGCUCCACGGAGACGAUCAAGGAGCUCGGAAAUCUAAGGGGCGAUGUGGUGGAAAAAGCGGGUGCGGAAGGGGGCGUGCGCGGGCUGGUGGUGGGGGUGGAGUCGUCGAUCGUGGUGAAGCAUGCGAGAUUGGUCAGCAAGGGGCAUGUCGGGUUCGUGGGCGAGGGCGGUUGCAAGGUCUUUGUGGCAUACUCGUUUGAUGCGGGAGAUGAACACAAAGUCGAAAAUGACGGUGGUGGGGAGGUGGUGGCGGAGGGAGCGGACGUAUUGGACGAAGCGGUCCGUGGGACCGGUCUAGCGGAGGUGGCAGAAUUGUUCAAGGUAGUCAUCAAUGGUUUUCUGGGGGCGGAAGGUGGCAGUGAGAAGGUUGGCCCUGACCAUAGACUGACAUUGGCCAGAGACACUGGGGAGACUUUCACGAGUGUCAUCUACGUUGAUGACAUCUUGAUUCCUCCUCCUCCUUCGUCUCCUCCCCCUCCUAAUCCAUGGAUGUUUGCUGGCCUAGCGUCAGUCUCCCGCAGUGCUACAUUUGCUCUUGUCUCUUUGGCACACUGGUUGGGUAAGUGCCACAUCAGCCAGCACCAUGUCAGCAGAGUGCCACGUCAGCAGAGUGCCAUGUCAGCAGAGGUGCCAUGUGAGCAGUUUGCCAUGCCAGCCCUAGAGGCAGGACAACAGUCUGCGGACCCUGUUUCCUCGCCUUGGCAGAAGCGCUGGACGGUCGUAGUCAGGCGGCAGCAGCCUCGAGCAGCAGCCAUGGCCGGACCAGCAACCGCUGCGGUGCAGGUGCAGCAGCACUGCAGGUUGGGAGCCCAUCUGGGGGUCAAGGCACUCCCUGUCUGCGUCUCCCUGGCAUGCCAGGACAGCAACCCAACGAGUCAAUGGCGGACUUCCUGCUACGCGUUCAAACCUUCAGCAAGUUCGUGGAAGUCGAACAACGACGUCAAGCAGAAGCUGCGGCUGAACAGCAGUGCCUCCAGGCUGCCACAGCUGCCGAACAGCAGCAAAGGCAGGCCGAAGCCGGAGCAGCACAGCAGUGCAGGCAGGAUGAGGCUGCCACAGCCUUGCAAUGCCUCUGCAAGGAUGCAGCUGGAGUUCUGCAACAGCGGGAGACGGAGUACGCAAAAACUCUCCGGAAAUGGCAUUUCACCCCGAUGGAAAGCAAUAGCAAUCCGACGGACGCAGAAUUGACAAAGGAAGACAACUCCAAGAUGAUUGCGCAGCUUAUCGCAACCUGCAACUGGCAGCACACGGCACUCACACAUCAUCGGGAAGCACGGGACCACCAAAGAAAUCGAGUUCGGCUUGGCACCCACAAG